UCCUGCAAAGCAGUACGGGAAGUCAUCAAGGUUUCGCGCUAAAUGAAGACAAAAAAAGAUCGUUUUCGAAAUGGUGCAGUGAUAGUAACAAAUAAUUAUAAUUAAACUAAAGUAAUGGAAUGAAAUAUAAAUUAAUCUGUAUACCAAUCAAAUCAAAAUGAAAAAUCAAAUCAGUCGUACACGUUUCAGCAAAAUUUGUCUUUCGCUGUGGCAGUGUGCUUUAUUAGCUUCCAUUUUAAUAUUUGUUAUAACUGCAGUUUUAACAACAUGUGCUGUUUUGGGAAAAAUUCAUUCAGAAGAGAUUGAUAAGUUAUUGGAAAGAGAUUUGGCAGAUGAACAAGAAAAGCGUGAAUAUGAUUUUGAUACCAAAAAAGAAAUUCUUACCCCUAACGAAGUCAAAUUGCAUUUAUCAGAACACUUUGUUUUAAUGAUGGUAUGGAUAAUGUCAAUAUGCACAUACAUAGGCUGUAUUAACUUAGCAACUUCUAUUAUGUUAGUUUAUGGAGUUUCUACAAGAAAAGCAAUUUACGUAUUACCGUGGAUAUUAGUCAGCGGUGUCUCGUACUUGCUGAUCAUUUCAGGAAUUUUGGUAGCUUACUUGGAAAUGCUACCAGGAAUUACUUUAAGCUUCAAUAUGCUCACAAUUAGUUUGACCAUUUUGACGAUAUUUGUGAAACUUUGGUACAUUAUUCUUAUAUAUUACACUCACUUAACAAGUACCAGAUGUAGUACUCAUUAUCCAAGAUUAACUACAACUGUAAUUCAGGCUUAUGGAGGAUAUACACAUACAAUAAGUCCUACCGCAACAACUAAAGAGAAAAAGGAAAUAAUAUAAACGUCUUUUUAAUACUAACGAGGCAACAUGUACCUAGAAAAGGCACUGUUAUACAGUAAUAAAUAUUUGCAAUUAUUUUUCAUUAGAAAUCGUUAUUGUCAUUAACAAUCAGAGUAAUGUAAGGAAUACACUUUACGCCUAAUGACGACUUUAUAGAUUUUUUUUAACUUAAAAAUAGGAAAACAGCACUUUUUGUAAUUUAAAAUUCAAACAUGUAUCUAUAUUAGACAGUAUGUGAUUUAACAUAACACGCACUGUGUAGAUUCUUAUUUCAAUUUCUAUUAAGUUAAAAUUCAAAUUUUUACCAUUUGGAACUUGUUGAUGUAGAUUAUUUAUUUUCUUUUGAUAUUUUGUAGCGAUUCAUUUUUCAAAAGAUUUUGAUGUAAUAUUUAAUUAACAUUAACGCAAUUAGAACUGCAGGAUGUCCCACGAUGGCCUAAGGACUAAAAGACACUUAGAGAAUAAAAAAAAAUUUGAUACUUGAAUGUUUGCAUUGUUAAUUUCUGCAUUCCCAAUUAAACUCGUCUAUUUUAAAUAGAAUAUGCAAUUCUGUUUUUGAGAAGUAAAUUCCUCUAUUAACUAAUUAACGAGUCACUGUUAUAAAAUAAAAUAAAACCUACAGAAAACAAAUAUAUUUCCAGAAUAUUAUUAAAAUCUACUAAAAACUAAAAAAUUUCGAAUGUAUUAAUUUUUACUUGUUGAAACUGACUAGUAAUUAGUUUCAAUAAUAACCCAGAAAGAAUCCAAGAUAUAUAUUUGUUCACACAUUUAAAUCUUCACCUGAAAUUUUUGUCAAGGAAAGAUUUUGUCAAGACAGAUGGUUGAUUUUAGCCAGUUAUUGUUUUAUAAAAGUGUCCCAUAAAGCAUUAGAGAAAUUCCUGCCAGCUUAGCUCGUGAAAUGACAAAUUGGCAACUUUAUGAUUUUUUUAAAAUUUUAUCAUUUUUUCGGAUCCCUAUUCACUUUUAAAUAUGGCCGUGAGACACCCUGUACAAAUGACGCCUUCAAAUUGAAAGCACAAAGUUAUUUUAUAAAUGUGUACUUAUUGAGUACUUACCUUAUAAAUAUUAUUGUGUAAAAUAAUAUAUAAUCUUUCGAAAUCAUACGUACUUGUUCGAAUAAUACACAUGCAGCUUUAGGCUAACGCU